CCAGACACUGCAAGGAAAAGCACAACAGCAGCAGCAGCAGUAUAGCAGCAGCCGAAAGUUAAACAGAGCUGCAAACUGAUGCAGUCCUAGGCGUGCAACGACCGUCCGAACCCAGUCUACACUGGGACUCUCGGCUGAUCCUCGGCAUUUGUCGUUUAACACGCAGAGGCUACAAAGGGAUGGAAUCAAUGGACGAGCGUUAAUAUACAUCAUAGAGGGUCUUUCACCUAUUAUUUGAGGGAUUUUAUAUUCUGGGUGGUGAUAUCGCAACGAUGGUGUAUCAAACACUUACAAGUGUAAAGAAAGACGGCUGGACAUUUGCUACUGCUGUGACUUUGCUCAGCAUUAUAUUUGCUGGGAUGCAAGAAACCACCGCAUUUCCUUCUUGGAGAUUAGAGGAAGAAGCUCACGCCAGUGUGCUGCUCAUCGGGAUACGCAAAGAGGCCCGCUCACACGUGCUCCACUUGUCCCGGAGCAAGCGCUACACCCUCACCCCGGAGCAACUCAAGUGGGACCAGUUCAAGCUCACGUACAAAUUGCUGUCAUUUCCGACCAAUUUGAUAAAUGCCAGUGAAACGCGGCGUGGCUUCUACAAGGCGUUUGGCCUGUGGAGCGACGUGUCCCCCUUCAGCUUCAGAGAGGUGCCGGCUGACCAAGACGCUGACAUCAAAAUAGGGUUCUACCCAGUCAACCACACUGACUGCCUUCAGUCCUACCUGCACCACUGCUUCGACGGCAUCACCGGAGAGCUGGCCCACGCCUUCUUCCCUUCCACUGGGGAGAUCCACUUCGACGACGACGAGUACUGGAUUCUGGGAAACAUGCGUUACAGCUGGAAAAAAGGCGUAUGGCUGACAGACCUGGUCCACGUGGCCGUGCAUGAGAUCGGCCAUGCCCUGGGACUCAUGCACUCCUUGAACCCCAAUGCCAUCAUGCACCUGAACGCAACCCUGACAGGGCGCAAGCUGAUCACCCAGGACGAGGUGUGGGGUUUGCACCGGCUAUACGGAUGCUUGGACCGCCUAUUUAUCUGUCCGGCCUGGGCCCGGAAAGGCUAUUGCGACAGCAAGCGCAGACUCAUGAAGAAGCACUGCCCCUCCAGCUGUGAUUUCUGUUACGAAUUCCCUUUCCCCACCGUGGCUGCCACGCCUACCCCUCCACGGACCAAAACCAAGCUGGUGGCUGAGGGCAGGAAUCUGACCUUUCGAUGUGGGAAGAAAAUCGCCUCAAAGAAAGGCAAAGUAUCCUGGUACAAAGACGGGGAGCUUCUGGAAUACUCCCGCCUGGGCUACAUCUCGCUGAAGGACGACAACAUCAGCAUCACGGCUAACGCCAUCAACGAGGGCACAUACACCUGCGUGGUCAGGAAAAAGAACAAGACUCUCACCACCUACUCCUGGAGGGUGCGUGUGCGCUUCUGAUGGGGGACACGCCCACGCGCUCUGCCCGAGAGGCGCACACGCAAAUGCACACAGCGGCUUGAGUUCGAAGGACUUUUCAUUCACCGGGGCACAUAUUUCUGUUAUGUUCUUUAAUUUGUUUCUUUACAUUCCAUGUCUCUCUCUGCCCGGCUGCAAGUCGGUGGGCAGUGAGUCAAAAGGAACCCAGUGCUCUAUAAAACACUGCAGUACACAACAAGCAAGGGUUAUAGUGACGGACAUCAGCUACAGGUUUAAAGUUCUGCCCUUCAGUAGGGAUGGCCAAACAUGAUGUUUACUGAAGGUCAUUGGUACCAAAUGCAAUCCCUAUAUUAUUAAAUAAGACCUGAUGAACUGCUGCAAUCAAAAAAAAAUCAUUUGUAUGUAUUUGUUUCAUGUGAUACACGUCUGUAUGUAAUGUACUGUUGUAUUGUCUCUGAGGUGAUGCCAAAAACACAUUUCCAUCCCAGGACAAUAAGUUGUAUUCUAACUGCCAUUUUUAAAAAAGCAUCUUAAAAUGCAACAAUAAACCUUUGUGAAGGGUUU